GUGUCGGGAUUUUUACGGUGGUCGUCGGAUUGCGGUUAUUAGGGGUUCGGCAUAAUUUUGUGUGUAGCGUAUUUGGGCUUGCAAUUAUAGGUAUAUACUUUUACUAACUUUUUCUUAAUAUAUAAUUAAUUAUCAAUGCAUGUUAGUUGAGUUUGAAUAUCUUAAAUAUUCAUCCGUAGUGAAGUAGGUUCUGCGAAUACAUGUACUGCGGUCGGAUGGGUGGAUUAAUUUUGUAUUGUUUAUCUGUUUUGUUUGUUAUUUUAGGCACUUGUAAAAUUUUUGGGAACGUCCAAUUACAGCCGUUAUGCUGCCGAAAUUUCGGUAGAAUUAGGAUAAAUCUUACUAAAACCAUUCAUAAUAUAGUUAAUUAUAACAUAGUAAUAAGAAGUUAGGUCACAUAAAAAAUAAUAAUAUUCACAUUUAUGAAAACUUUUUAAUUUUACCAACAUUAUAAUCAACUAAACAACUUAAUAACAUGAACUAAUGUAAAACGAAAAUUUGAGUAAUUUUUAGAUUAAUAUGAAUAAAUUGUGUGAGAGACUUAGUUAGUUACAUUGUGUAAUUAGUAACUAGAUAUAAUUAGUUACUAAAUAAAUUAACAAAAUAAACAUAUAAAAUCCUUCUUUUUUUAUUUUUUUUCUUUCAUUUGAGAGGUUCAAUGUGGAUUUUUAUUUUUCAAAGAAAAUAAAGAGCAAAAGUUAAUUAAAAGGGGAAAAUAUUAGUUAAUACCUUUAUUGCUUUACCAAAAAUUUUUCCCCUCAAUUUUAUUUAUUAAAAAUAUUUAACAUUUUAAUAACAUUCUAAUCAACAAAACAACCUAAUAAUAUGAACUAAUCUAAAACGAGAAUUUAAGUAAUUUAUAAAUUAAUAUGAAUAAAUUGUGAGAAACUUAGUUAGUUACAUUGUGUAAUUAGUAACUAGCUAUAAGUAGUUACUAAAUACUGAAUUUUUUUGGAUAGGAUUUUUGUUAUGGAUAAAUCAUGGAUGCGUGAGGAGAGAGACACACUGCGAUUUCAAGUAGGGUUCGAUGCAUUUUUAGAGUUUGCCUUAAAGAAUUCUACAAAUCACGAUCGUAUUCAUUGUCCGUGUGUAGAUUGUUGUAAUGUAUCUAAAGGGAAUAUUACAAUGAUUAAGGACCAUGUGUAUUUACGAGGUUUCAAUAGAAGUUAUACUAAUUGGUAUUACCAUGGCGAACAUUUACCUAAUGAUCCAUAUCCAUUAGGAAAGCGGGGGGUAGAUGAUAUCGAGGGUAAUGAUUUGGAUGAUUAUCCAUUGGACUUGCUUAACGAAGCACAGGAGGAAUUUCUUAAUGAUCCUGAGAAAUUCGAUAAUUUUCUUAGUGAUGCUGAUAAACCUCUGUUCGAUGGUUGUAAAAAACUAAGAUUACCAACAAUGGUAAAGUUUUACAACAUAAAAGCAGAAAAUGGAGUGAGCGAUAAAUGUUUUACUCAAUUUUUAGCUGCUUUUAAAGAUAUCUUACCAUUUGCCAACUGCUUUCCGGAAUCUACUUAUGAAGUGAAAAAAACGUUAAAUUCUAUAGGAUUGAAGUAUGAAAAAAUUCAUGCAUGUCCGAACGAUUGCAUUUUAUAUCGUAAGGAAUAUGCAGACAUGAAUUAUUGCCCGACUUGCGGUUUAUCCCGCCAUAAAGUAAACAAGAGUAAGGAGAAUAGGAAACUUAUCCCCCAAAAAGUGAUGUGGUACAUGCCUUUGAUUCCGCGACUGAAACGAUUAUAUCGUAGUGCGUAACAUUCUGAAAAUUUGAUUUGGCAUGAGACCAAGAGAGUGAAAGAUGGAAAACUUAGACAUCCUGCAGAUUCCCAAGCUUGGAAAAAAGUGAACUACAUAAACCCUGAAUUCAAAUCUGAACCAAGACACAUUCGUCUCGGUCUGUCUGCGGAUGGAGUAAAUCCACAUAGAUCUCUAAGUAGUCGUCAUAGUUCAUGGCCUGUCUUCCUAGUUAUGUACAAUCUUCCUCCCUGGUUAGUGAUGAAGAGGAAAUUUAACAUGCUUUCUUUAAUGAUAUCAGGCCCGCAACAACCUGGACAUAAUAUCGAUGUAUAUU